UCGUGGGUUCCUGUACAGUCCGUGUGACGUCAGCGCGUCGUCAAUUUGUGACGCCGUGUCCCUUUGUUGGCUUAACAGCGGCGACGUUUUGUUGUUAUUUUCGCAGCUGCCUGGAAAACAAGCUCGGAUCACUUCGCCUCGCGAGCAACCGCGGCAACACUGUGUAUAUAGACCGCUAGGUGAGUUUGUCACAAGUUGAUAAGCGCCCCUAGGAAUGGACUCAGACGAGGGUUAUAACUAUGAAUACGACGACGAAGAGGAGGAAUGUAGCGACGAAAGCGCCGAAGAGGAGCCCGAGGACGAGACCCUGGAGCUCGGCGAGGUGGAGUUGGUCGAUCCCGUCGUGGCCGCCGGAGAGCGGGACGAGUGCGGGGAUACGGUGGGAGGCGGUCAAGGCCCCGGCGAGGAAGAAGAGGAGGACUACCGUUUUGAGGUUUUGACCGCUGAACAGAUCCUCCAGCAUAUGGUGGAGUGCAUCAAGGAGGUCAACGAGGUUAUCCAGAACCCUGCAACAAUUACACGCAUCCUCCUUAGUCACUUCAACUGGGAUAAGGAAAAACUCAUGGAGAGGUAUUUUGAUGGUAACCUGGACAAGCUUUUCUCCGAGUGUCACGUCAUCAACCCCAGCAAGAAGCCCAGGAUUCGUCCUCCAAUCAACACGAGAUCAUCAGCACAGGACAUGCCAUGUCAGAUCUGCUAUCUGAAUUUCCCAAACUCUUAUUUUACCGGCUUGGAGUGUGGACACAAGUUCUGCAUGCAAUGUUGGGGCGAUUACCUAACUACUAAAAUCAUAGAAGAAGGAAUGGGACAGACCAUUUCAUGUCCUGCUCAUAGUUGUGACAUUUUGGUUGAUGACAACACAGUCAUGCGCCUCAUAACAGAUUCAAAAGUCAAGUUGAAGUACCAGCAUUUAAUUACAAAUAGUUUUGUAGAGUGCAAUCGACUGUUAAAGUGGUGCCCCGCUCCAGACUGCCAUCACGUCGUUAAAGUCCAGUACCCAGAUGCCAAACCAGUGAGGUGCAAGUGUGGCCGUCAGUUCUGCUUCAACUGUGGGGAGAACUGGCACGAUCCGGUCAAGUGUAAGUGGCUGAGAAAGUGGAUUAAAAAAUGUGACGAUGACAGUGAAACCUCAAACUGGAUUGCUGCAAAUACAAAGGAGUGUCCAAAGUGCCAUGUGACCAUAGAAAAAGACGGAGGCUGCAAUCACAUGGUUUGUCGGAAUCAGAACUGCAAAGCAGAGUUCUGCUGGGUCUGCCUGGGCCCCUGGGAACCACAUGGUUCUGCCUGGUACAAUUGCAAUCGCUACAACGAAGACGAUGCUAAGGCCGCUAGAGACGCUCAAGAGCGCUCAAGGGCGGCCUUGCAGAGGUACCUAUUCUACUGCAACCGCUACAUGAACCACAUGCAGAGCCUGCGCUUUGAGCACAAGCUGUAUGCUCAGGUCAAGCAGAAGAUGGAGGAGAUGCAGCAGCACAACAUGUCCUGGAUUGAGGUGCAGUUCCUGAAGAAGGCGGUGGACGUGUUGUGCCAGUGCCGCUCAACGCUCAUGUUCACUUACGUCUUUGCCUUCUACCUCAAGAAGAACAACCAGUCUAUUAUUUUUGAGAACAACCAGGCCGACUUGGAAAACGCCACUGAAGUGCUGUCCGGCUACCUAGAACGAGACAUCUCGCAGGAUUCCUUGCAGGACAUCAAGCAGAAAGUACAAGACAAGUACAGAUACUGCGAGAGCCGGCGACGAGUUCUGCUCCAGCACGUGCACGAAGGCUACGAGAAGGACUUGUGGGAGUACAUUGAGGAUUGAGGACACGUCCCAAUGCUUGGACUCUGGAGUAUCUUGACAAAAUAAGAGCGCUGAUGCAAAUUGGUCAGGGCAGUACGGGCCUUCUGCUGCCCCUCUUUUGGCAAAACUACCACUUUUGCAUCCUUUUUCUUUAACAAUGUGGAAGUAAAUUAUAUUUAAAUAAAAAGGUAGAGUAAAAAAAGUGUACUACAGUAUUGUUAGCAGCAGAAAGUCCAUCUUAAAUACGUACAUCCUCUUUUGGUUUGUAUUGUAACAUCUCCCCUCAGCUACCUUCUUUUCCUUUUUUUGGCUUGUGAAAUCUGUUUAAUUUUUAUGUUUGUUUUCCCCGUUAGUGUGAACACGUUUUAAACACAGCUUUAAUUGUCCUGGCCAUGUCUGCAGUAUGUGGCGAGGUCCUUUUGUGUGGUGGGCUGAUUGUAAAGGGGCAAAGACAUUUCAUAAAAAACAAAAUGAUAAUGAAAAAAAAAAUAGCAAGUCUGUUUUUUUUCAAUUUGUAAAUAGCCCAUAUGCAUGGAAGUUAAAGGGCAAGUGGCACGCGUUUGCAUCGUUUUGACCUAUUUAUUCUUUACAAACAUUGUUAAAGGUGUUUGCAAUAAGGAGCAGCGCACAGGUGACCUCACCAGGAGCUCUGAAUGGACACUACUAGAAAACCGUGUUGCCAAGAAAACUGGAGGUUUGAAAAGGUGUCAGCGCGCCUGCUCAAUGUUGCUUUUUCUAACUGCUACCCUGUUUAACCCGCUUCAAACUUGUUUUUAAGAGCCAAACUGAGUGACAUUCACUCUUUUUUUUUUUGUUGCCGUUCGCGCUCCAUUCGCACCUGACACGGAAUGUCGUGUAAGGAUGGAUGUGACUCCUCGCAGGGGGAGAUUGAACAUCGUUGCGUUUUGUCACACUUUUUUUUUUUUUAAGUUUAUAUUGGACGAUAUAUCAUUGAAAUGUCAGUGCCCCAGAGCUGCAGGUUGUGGACGGCUCCGCUUGUAAAUGCUCCCCCUCGUGUUUGUGGAACACGGCCCUCGCGUGUUCAGGCACUGAUCAAAAGUCAUGGGAUUGACAAGAGUGUCAGCAACCCUCAACCCCCCCACCCCCCCAAAAAAUGGUUAAAAGAGGCAACCCUAGUUUCAGUACUAAGGGAUAGGGGGGGACAGUUCUGUUCCAAAAUGCUUAUGUGUUCAGACUUCUUAUUUUAUCCUAGAAAAUUAUAAACUGUAUUGUUAAUUUGAAUAAAUGUCAUGAGAAAAUCUCAUUUGCAGCAGUUUCCGUGUGAGUCAUUAGAGUAGCUUGGCUUAACAUUACAUUUUGCAAUGUCGAUGACUAAAUGGAGACAUGAUUUACUCAACCAAAAGUUGACUCACUUUGUGUUUUUGUCAGAGUUGCAACAUCGUUUUAAAAUUUUGUUUAACAAAGAGGCGAAAAACGUGGAAAGGGUAAUGGCGUACCGCACGCAACACGUCACUUUUGCUCAUUAAUAUUCAUGACGUUAGCAACUGUUGUUAGGCGGGUCAAGCUCCCUAAUGCUAAAUGCAUGUAAAUAGUGUACGAACGAGAUGUUUACUGAGCUAAACCUAUCAAUUCUGUAUGAAAAUGAUGUCCCUGGUGCCAAAUUCACUGUUAAAGAUGUGGAACAACAUAGACAUUUUCAGUUAAAAAGAUGGCUUGAGUCUCGAGGACUGAAAAAGAUUGGGAAAAAGAGCCGACCUUAUCCAGAGGUAGCUUUUCUAUUGACAGUUUUUUCUUGAGUGCAUUGCCUUACGCCCCAGACAAUGACAUUCAACAAUCUAUCCUUUAACACCAUAUGCCCGGUCUUUCAUAUAUAUUAUAUUCUCUGGUUGUCUUGCGUCUCUGACCAUUCUUGGGGGUAAUUUUCAUUGCUAUUUUAAUGUAGCGAUCGCAAAUGCUACUCAGGUUAGUUUUUUCAUGAACAAUACGUCUUAAUUUUUAUUAAUUUACACUUCCCCCUUAAGUCUAAAUUUUUUCUUUACAACAUAAAAGGUAACAACAGUGGCAGUCAGAUACCACUUGAAUUUUUUUUUUUAGGUCAUUCACAUACCUGUCAACCCGAGCCCAUUGGCAAUCUUGCAAAUAGUGACGUACGCCCUUACAAAUUGGUGACUAAUCUUACAACGUUGUGUAUAUAGCGUGCAAUAUGAAACAAAUAUAAAAUUCACUUUUAACAUAAUAUGAAUUUAUUGGCAAUAUUGUAACAUAUAACCUGGUGCGAUCAAAGAACAAGAUCUUCAGCUACAUCAUGAUUACUAAAAUUUAACAGUGACAUUUGUUUUAAUUGUAUGUAGCACUUUUGGCAAUUUCUAUCAUGUCUUGAUGGCUGCACUUCAUGGCACUUGAAGUUUGUUAGUGCGUCCAAUUAUAAAUUAAAAAGGUCAAUUGAUAAAAUUAACUUACCGAUGCAAUCUUUGAGUCAGGGAACAUUUCUUUUGCUAAUCCUGAGAAGUGAUCAGCAAUAGUUGCAGGCAAAUUGUGUUCGGCACAAAUUAGCAGAAAAAAAUCUACGCUUUCGUCAUUUUUCAUUCAGCAGACUUCAUCUUUAUGAACAGUGUUGCCACGCUUACUUUUAAAAAGCAAUUACAGUUACAAAUUACUUCUCACAAAAAGUAAUUGAGUUAGUAACUCGGUUACCUGAAUGUAAGAGUAGUUACUUGGCAAAGUAACUGGUGUUACCUUUCAUGUUAUUUUUUCAUUUUAAAAAAACAAAACAAAAAGCAUAGUAACCUUUGCUAAGUUUGGAAGUCAUUUAAUGUUGUGAAUCAACUGUUGUUAAAAUUGCUCCCGUUUUUGCAUUAGUUCCCUUCUGUCUACUUUCGACAUGUGAAAAUUGUAAAACUUUCCUCAUUUAAAGACCGAUUCAAUUCAAGAUUUUGCCGAUUUAGGAGUAUGUUAGAUAAAAAGUUACUUAGGUUCGCUAGGAAAGUUCACUACAACAGAGGCUUUCUGAGAAGUCUACUGCUUUAAAAUGGCUGCUGUUUACUAAGUUCUAUAUGCGUUCUACUAAGUUCUAUAUGCAUGUGAUAUCUAGGCGUGGAUUGUAGGCUGUCGGCUACAGUCAAGAAAUAUUGGAACCACCUAGCCCUAGCAUCGCGUUUGCUACAGCAUCACACCAAACACUCUUUUCUCGCUACAUGUCUGACUUUUCUCACGUCAUUCAACCAACGUAGUAACGCACAGUCUCGUUGCCGAAAUGGUGACAAUCCGAACGGGGGAAAAAAAACGUAAUGCACAAAAAACGUACAAAUUUUGAACAUACGGCAAACACAUUUAAAAAUCAGUGCUCCCUUGUACACAUUAUGCCGAAACCGUACAACUUGACAGUUAUGAAUUCAUUGGCAGACAGAAGCAGCACGGCAAAACGCCACGCAAAAAAAUAAGUACAAAUAUCAAAAUGGCUUACCUCUUCGGGCAGGCAAUGGAUCAGAAUUGUCGAUCUGUGGAACCAUGGCCCCCAACAAAAUAUUUACUGCAUAUGAAGGUGAAUGGCUUCCAUCUUGCUGGAGUUAAGCUGGUCUUUUGGACAUCCACAAGCUUUUCACACACUGUUGCUGGUAUUUUGGCCCAUUCCUCCAUGCAGAUCUCCUCUAGAGCAGUGAUGUUUUGGGGCUGUCGUUGGGCAACACGGACUUUCAACUCCCUCCACAGAUUUUCCAUGGGGUUGAGAUCUGGAGACUGACUAGGCCACUCCAGGACCUUGAAAUGCUUCUUACGAAGCCACUCCUUUGUUGCCCUGGCUGUGUGUUUGGGAUCAUUGUCAUGCUGAAAGACCCAGCCACGUCUCAUAUUCAAUGCCCUUGCUGAUGGAGAUUUUCAUUCAAAAUCUCUCGAUACAUGGCCCCAUUCAUUCUUUCCUUUACACAGAUCAGUUGUCCUGGCCCCUUUGCAGAAGAACAGCCCAAAAGUAUGAUGUUUCCACCCCCAUGCUUCAUAGUGGGUAUGGUGUUCUUCGGAUGCAAUUCAGUAUUCUUUCUCCUUCAAACACGAGAACCUGUGUUUUGCCCCACUGUAUUUUUGAAACAAUAGCAUAUUUAACUUUGGGGAUUAAAUAUAAUUUCAGGGGGAAUUUCAGGGGUUUCACCUCCUCCCGUCAUCGUGUCACACAGCUUACUGACACUGAGAAACAACCGGUGGGGGAAGAGUUGAGCCUUACAGCUGCAAGUGACGGAUUUCUCCAUGCAUUUUUGGAUCAUAAAACAUAGCUAAUACCUUAGCGACCAUGGCAAGUUAGUGCUUUUGCAUGCUAAUAACGUAACAAAAUUAAUAAUGUUCAGCUCUUCAAAUUACCGUAAACUCCACUAAGACCAGCCACUAGAUGGAGACAAAGUCAAUGAAUUUCAUUCCACAUUUUAAAUCCAUUGGUGGUAAAAUAUAAUUCCUUCAGAACCGUGCUGGAUUUGUUUAGGAGCUGGACUUGACGUCAUGCCUCUUAUGAUGAUUGAUUCAAUUAUCAUCCAAGUGUUAUGUGAGCCAUUUGAGCUUUAUCCAGUAUUAGCUCUUUCUCCAUCGUCAGACUAAAACCAGGCAUGUAUGCAUAAGUUUGUAUGACCAAACAAAAAGCUGAGUUAAACAAGACAUCUUUAUUGAAGACAUUCAACUGUGUUAUUUAAAGACAAUACAAAAAAAGACAUACCUCUUAGAAAAGACAAUAAAAGGGUACUUUCACAUGCUGUGAGCACCAUACUAGCAACGGUCCAACUUCAGUAACACACUACUUACAGUAUAUGUGGACAGUAACAUUUUGAUCUUAAAGCUAUCAGGAGACUAUUGAGAAAGACUAUGUCUAAACGUUGGCUCAGUUUGUGGUAAAAGAUUCUGUGUACGGGCACAUAAAAGACACUCAAAAACACAAGACUUUUUCAUCAUCACUCAAACAGUAUGGUUUUGUAUCACUACAUUGGAAAUAAUUGGCAUUAGUCGCCUAUUAAAGAGCCAAUUUAGUAAACCGUGACCAUUAUUUACUUUUCAAAUAAUCACUUCGAAAUGAUUCCUACAAAAUCACAAUGUCCCACCAUUGGUGAGCGUUUUCUAGAAAGUCCUUGGGAGCCCCUUGUUUUUGACACUUGAGAUCAGCAUUAAAAGUUCAUUUAAUAUUGGUUUAUCAGUUAUCAAUUACUUGUGGCCUGAUAGGAAUCAUAAUCAGAGUUGUCAGAUAUUAUGAACCGAUAAAAGUAUUUUUAAAAAAUCUGAUAUAGACAAAUUUUGGCGCUGAUAUUUGGAAAUACGACAUAUCGCUAUCAGCCUUUCUUUUUUCUAAUCCGACCGGCCGAUAUGGAAAAAAAUCCAUUUAAAACUGGGUUAUUUCAGCCCCAGAUGCAGGCUCACCUCUCUCCUGCCUGUUGUCUCCUGCACUCGUAUUCACCCAGUCUUCUGAUUGGUUAAAUGGUAAAUGGAAUGACACUUGUAUUGUGCCUUUCCACCUUUUUAAGGCCCUCAAAGCACUUCAAACUAAAGUGGUUACCUCUACUUACGACAUUAAUUGGUUCUGGAAGUAGUCUCGUAACCCGAAAAUUUUGUAAAGAGAGACACGUUUUACAUGUAAAUGCCCUGAUCCGUUCCAAGCACGACUGACACGCCACAUUAAAUUUUAUAUUUGGGGUAAAAGUGGAAUAAAAUGACAGCCAAACACAUUUGAAUCACUCCAUAUACCUAACAUAACCUUAAAUACCUGUAAUGAAGUAGAUAAUAGAACAUGUUUACCAUGCCCAAAGCACUUUACGUGAGCACACAUUUACCAUUUCACAUAGACUUUCAUACACCAAUGGUGCUGCAGCAAUGUGAGGAGCUGCCAAGCCAUUGGGGGCAAAUUGGGGUUCAGUGCCUUGUUCAAGGGCACUUCGACAGUGGGCAGUCAUUGAACCACUGACCCUUCAGUCCCAGGACGUUAGCUACCAACUGCACCACGGCUGUGUAACUUUCCCUUUGCACGAGGCAAUGUUCUCUUUCAUGAAAAAAAACAAAAAAAAAAACGUCGUGAGACAAAAACACGAGGCACCUUGUGCUCAUUUGACUCAGACGGCCCCGCAAUAUCAACAAUAACACCGUUGCGCCAGUGCACAUUAUACUGAGACACCUAAAUUGAAACGUCAUUAACAAUAGGCAAAUAGAAGAGCGGAAUUGUAUUAUUAAUAAGGCUGUCAAAAUUAUCGCGUUAACGGGCUGUAAUUAUUUUUUUUAAUUAAUCAAGUUAAAACAUUUGAUGCAAUUAACGCAAAUGCCCCGCUCAGAUUGAAAUUACAGCGUCAUGUCCACUUGUUAUGUUUUUUUUUGUGUGUUUUGUCGCCCUCUGCUGGCGCUUGGGUUUCAGCACCAUCCAUGGGCAUUGUGUAAUUAUUGACAUCAACAAUGGUGAGCUACUAGUUUAUUUUUUGUUCGAAAAUUUUACAAAUUAAAACGAAAACAUUAAGAGGGGUUUUAAUAUAAAAUUUCUAUAACUUGUACUAACAUUUGUCUUAAGAACUACAAGUCUUUUUAUCUACGGAUUGCUUUAACAGAAUGUG